UCCCUCUUCGAAUGCGAUCCCCGUUCCUUCGCAAGAAACCUUGGCCGAUUCCAAUCUCUCCCUCCCCGCUCCCCUUCCUCAUAAAGCAAAUCUCUUGUCGCCAUCAUCUUGUCGUUCUCGUCCCGUUCUCAGUCCACUUCCUGGACCCGGCGGCGGCAAUGGGGGAGGAGCAGAGGAAGAAGAAGGAUGUGAUUCGGUUGGAGCGCGAAUCCGUCAUUCCGGUUCUCAAGCCCAAACUCAUCAUGAAACUGGCGUAUCUCAUCGAGCUUGGUACUGACCGAGCUGAAUUCCUUAGGCUAUGCAAAAGAGUUGAGUACACUAUUCGCGCUUGGUACCUUCUACAUUUUGAAGAUCUUAUGCAACUUUACUCACUGUUUGAUCCUGUUCAUGGUGCUCGGAGAUUGGAACAACAGCACUUAUCUGAUGAGGAGAUCGAUGUUCUGGAACUGAAUUUUAUAACAUAUUUAUUCCAGGUAAUGGAAAAGAGCAACUUCAAACUAGUGACUGAUGAGGAGAUUGAAGUUGCGCAAUUUGGGCAAUAUCUCUUAAAUCUACCGAUCAAAGUGGAUGAAUCCAAGCUGGACAAGAAGCUUCUGCCAAGGUAUUUUAAGGAGCAUCCUCAUGAGAAUCUCCCGGGAUUUUCUGAUAAGUACAUGAUAUUUCGCAGGGGGAUCGGAAUUGAUCGUACAACUGAUUACUUUAUCAUGGAGAAAUUGGAUAUGAUCAUAUCUCGUAUUUGGAUGUGGUUUCUGAGAGUUACUAGGCUCGAGAGACUAUUCUCCAAAACCGAAAAGUUGAUAUCCAAGAAAGAUACCAAGAAAACUGAUGAAAUCAGUUCUGAUUCAGAGGAUCAAGACAUAUUUGUGGAACGUAUUCGAAUUGAAAAAUUGGAGCUUAGUAUCGGAAAUCUAAUCGGCCAGAUCACAAUCCAAGAGCCAACUUUUGACAGGAUGAUCGUUGUGUACAGGCGAGCAAGCACAAAGACACACAUAGAACGAGGAAUCUAUGUAAAACAUUUUAAAAAUAUUCCUAUGGCUGACAUGGAACUAGUAUUGCCUGAAAAGAAAAACCCAAGUUUGACUCCUAUGGACUGGGUCAAGUUCCUCAUUUCUGCUGUGCUUGGUCUUGUUACUCUUGUCAGCUCCCUUGAGAUGCCUAAAGCGGACAUCUGGGUUGUCAUUGCCAUCAUCUCUGGUUUGGUUGGUUACUGUGCUAAGGUCUACUUCACGUUUCAACAGAACAUGACGACCUACCAAAAUCUAAUCACCCAGUCCAUGUAUGACAAGCAACUUGAUAGUGGCAGAGGCACGCUUCUACACUUGUGCGAUGAUGUGAUUCAACAAGAGGUCAAAGAGGUGAUAAUUUCUUACUUCAUUUUGAUGGAGCAGGGGAAACUAACAAUAAAGGAUCUUGACCACAAAUGUGAAGAACUCAUCAGAGAACAGUUUCACGAGGAUAUCAACUUUGAAGUCGAGGAUGCUGUCCGAAAGCUGGAGAAACUUGGUAUUGUUGCAAGAGAUUCUAUUGGAAGAAUCUACUGUGUUCCCCUGAAGCGAGCAAAUGAGAUCAUUGGCACCACCACAGAAGAACUGGUGAUCAAAGCCCAACAAGGUCUUCCAAGUUGAUCAAAGUUGAGAAUCCAUCAACAGCAUCCAGGUUUUUCCACAGCAAUAUAUUAUUCCUAGUCGAAGCCAAAUUUCCACUUAAUCUUCAGUUCGACCAUGUGUCGUUUUACAUUCUUUAUCUGUAAUUAUGUAUCUUUUAUCCUUCAUUCAU